CUUCAUCUUCAUUCUGUGUUGAAGACAUAACAGAGCCGCUUUUGGAAGCAGGGGAGCUCCAUAUCUUUUCCCUUUGAUUACUGUGGGCGCGCCCCCAAAAAGACACGGUCCGCCGUCGACCACGCGGGCGAGUCGUUAGGCAGCAGCAGGGAGGGUCGGGCUCCGCCGCCAUGGCCUCACGCUUCAGCUUCGGCAUCUCCUCUGGGGACCUGAGGUCGGGGAGCUCGCUGACGGUGGGGGAGCGGCUCUGCGCGGUGGUCCUGCCCUGCGUCGCCAUCGCCGAGUUCGUCUUCUUCGCGCUCACCGACUGCCUGGGCGGCAUCUGUCCCCCUUCCUCGAACUCCUCCACCCACCUGCGCAGAGAUCCCUCCGCUCCGUCCUUCUUCCUCACCGCCAAGAAGGGGAGCCACCACCGCCGCCGCGGUCGCGUCGGGCCGGGCUGCACCUCCCUGGUCUUCCGCGACCUCGCACGCCUCGCCGACGAGUCCAGAUGCUUCUCGGUGAACGAGGUGGAGGCGCUGUUCGAGCUCUACAAGAAGAUCAGCUGCUCCAUCAUCGACGACGGACUCAUCCACAAGGAAGAACUUCAGCUAGCAUUAUUCAAGACUCCUAGUGGACAGAAUCUUUUUCUUGAUAGGGUUUUUGAUUUGUUUGAUGAGAAGAAAAAUGGAGUAAUCGAGUUUGAGGAGUUUAUUCAUGCUCUCAGCGUCUUCCAUCCAUUGGCACCUGUGGAAGACAAGAUCAACUUUGCAUUUAGGCUCUAUGAUUUGAGACAGACUGGCUUUAUUGAGCGCGAGGAGGUUAUGCAAAUGGUUAUCGCCAUUUUGAUGGAAUCUGAUGUGGAAUUAUCGGAUGAACUUCUUGAGGCUAUCCUAGACAAGACAUUUGAAGAUGCUGACACCGAUAGGGAUGGGAAAAUUUGCCAAGAAGAAUGGAAGGAAUUUGUAUUACGCCAUCCUAAUCUACUGAAGAACAUGACCCUACCAUAUCUAAGAGACGUCACAACAGCGUUCCCAAGUUUUGUUUUCAAUACCGCGGUUGAAGACUAAGCAUCACAAGACUUGUAAUUGAUGGUGACAAGUUGGCUGUUGAGUGCUGACAGUGUCAGCAGUUGAAAAUUGGGACGCUGAGAAACAGAGCAGCCAUGUUCGCUUACUGAAGAAUCGCCAUUGGUGACUUUUGCUGCUUUAGGAUGGCUAUCUGAUAACCAUUUCGGCAACUGAAGAGUCCCAUUCAUGAUGGCAAAUUUGGCAACUAACAGCUUCUGGUAUGCCUGUCGCUGUCCCGCAUUGUGUUGUAAAUGUAUAUACACAAUUCCUUCAGCUCUCAGAAGCACAGGACAGCUCUAGGUACAUAUAGAUAUGAGGAAUUUAAGUUCCUCAAAUGCCAGCCAGUUUCGGGAUCAGUCAGGUGCAAUUUCUAGAAUGCUAACUUCUGAUGUUGUAGCGUCCGUUAUAGACUAUCUUAGUGCUAACAUGUCAUGGCUUAGCCAUGAUUGCUGUAUAUAUAAUCGAAAACCUUUCCGAGACGCAUGCUUUUGCUGGUGAUAGCUACAAGAUUGAUGCCAAGCAUAUCCGCCAAGUGUUUGUUCAUGAACCAAUCAUCCCAUCUGUGAUGCGGACA